AUGGACCAUGCAGACUGGGACUCCCUGUUCCAGUUCGUGUCCCAUUCCAGUCUGGCGACGCCUGAACUCGACGACAAGCCCGCAGAUUCGCCAUAUUCCCAAGUCCCAACGCCCCCCCAGUCCCAAGAUGGCUCGCCAACUGAGCCAGAUGAGGGCGUCGAGGAGAACCCCCUUGUCUCCGUCUCAACGACGUUCUAUCCUGGCGCACAGACGCGCACGUUCCCGCCAGACGUCGCCCUGUUCUCAUCCGACUCAGUUUUCUUCUACACGCAUACUCAUAUCUUGCUCUCGGCGUCGGACAAUGGUUUUCGGUCCCUCCUGCUCAAUUGCCCACAACCCUCAGGGAAUGCCCCGAUGGUCAAUGUCCCAGAAACAUCGGCGGUGCUGAAUGUCAUUCUGCACACAAUAUACGACAUGUCUUGCGCGCAUUAUUCGCCGUCGUACGAAGUAUUGGCUACAGCUGUCGAACGACUGCCAUUCUACGGGAUCUCACCUAUGUCUCGGAUACUACCCACGUCGCCACUUUAUACCCUCUUGCUCUCUCACGCCCCCAUUCGUCCAUUGGAACUAUACGCAUUAGCUGCCUCAUUCGAGCUCGAUGCAUUGGCCGUCGCGGUAUCAUCACACUUGCUGGGCAUGCAUUUAUCAUCAGUCACAGACGAGUUGGCUCGACGCAUGGGUCCGAUUUACCUCAAGCGGUUGUUCUUCCUUCAUUUUGGUCGAAGCGAAGCUCUGAAACGCAUUCUCUUACCCCCGCCGCAUCCCCACCCUCCGACUCCAAUGUGCGACUUUGUAGAACAAAAGAAGCUUACCCGCGCGUGGGCUUUAGCAUCUGCCUAUUUCGCGUGGGAUGCACGACCAGAUGUCUCUACUUCGACCAUGGAAGUUGCUUUGAGACCGUUGCAAGAACACUUAACUUGUGACCUCUGUCGAGAUACACUCAAGGAACGAAUCAAAGAUGUCAUCGUACAAUGGUCAAUUGUCAAGGUUCGUGUUACUCUUGUUAGCGCAUUAUGUCGGCUCAUCGUGCGUCAUGUAGCGAACUAUAUAGCAGACUCCAAUGCUUCCUACCGGACGAAAGUACCAUACACUUCUUGGUAUUUUUACGCAUCUGCACUUCGUAAGCGCCUAUCAAAAAUGCCUUCAACUUCGCAACAAAAUUCUCCAGAACCGGGCACAGCUGACGUCGAAAACAGAGAAGCUAGCGACUACGGUUCAGAAGGCGACGUAGCAAACGAUCUAGAGAUAUCUGACAGCCCGGAUGGCUUCGUGGAAGGAAUGGAUCUCGAGGGUUUCGCGGGACCGUCAGAACCUGUCGUGAAGCCGCUAACACCAGAGUCUCUCGCAGCUUUCAAGGCUGCUCAGGACAGGGCUGGCGUUAUAUACAUCUCCAGGAUACCCCCUGGAAUGCGUCCAGCGAAGGUGAGGCAUCUGAUGAGCGCAUAUGGCGAAAUCGGUCGUGUUUAUCUGCAACAAGAAGAUGCGAAGAAGGCGUAUCUUCGUCGCAAAUACACCUCAACGAAGAAGGCCCACUUUACUGAGGGCUGGGUCGAAUUCAAGGACAAGAAAGUAGCGCGGAGCGUUGCUGAAAUGCUCAAUGCUCAGCCAAUCGGAGGCAAGAAAGGCACUCGUUGGCGCGACGACGUCUGGACAAUGAAAUAUCUGCCUCGGUUCAAAUGGAAUAUGCUCACCGAACAAGUUGCUCAUGAAGCGGCAAUACACACGUCUAAGCUACGAGUCGAGCUUCAGCAAUCCAAGACCGAGCAACGCGAGUAUCUGAAGAAUGUCGAACUCGCCCGUGUGCUGGAUAAGCGUGCUGAGAGGAAGAAAGAAAAGGGCGAAGAAUUUGUGCUGAAGCCCAAUACAAAAAUACGGGAACGAAAGGAGAGUGACGAUGGCGCACCUCCUAAGAAGCGCAACAAGCCCACGGCGAGCUCAAGUACUGCUGAUAGUAGUCAAGAGUUGGGUGGCGUGUUGAAUAGUAUAUUUUGA